AUGACACCCCAGCCCAGUGUUUUUCUCGUUGGAGCGGGAUAUAUCGGCCUGAACGUCCUCGAUCAGCUUCUCGCCGCGGCUUAUCCAGUAACGGUCUUGACCCGACAUCCCGAGCAGGCCUCAGCCCUCGAGAGCCGUGGUGUCAGAACUGUUCUAGGCUCUCUGAGUGAUGUGGAAUUACUUACAACUCAAGUGUCAAAACACACGAUCACCAUCAACACGGCAUCCUGCGAUGACCUGCCCAGUGUGCAAGCAAUAUUAAAAGGCAUACGGCAACGAGUCGCUGCAGAUACCCCGGCUAUCUACAUACACACCAGCGGUACAGGAGCACUCGAGGACGGCGCAUCGGGCAUGUAUAAGAGUGAGAAGAUAUACCACGACAACGUACCAGAGGAUAUCGAAGCCCUUCCAUCUACAUCUUUGCACCGUCAUGUUGAUAUACCCAUCGCGCAAGCAGCGCGCGAGUUCGGAGAUCGAGCAAAAAUCGCGGUGAUUCUCCCCCAUUUGUGUAUGGUUUCAAUUCCAUCCACAAACGUCAUUCGAUAG